AUGACGACACAAGACAAGGAGCCGAUUGCUCACAUUAAGGCGGUGCUAUUCGACAUGGACGGUCUGCUGAUCGACUCGGAGGGAAUCUACACCAACGUGGUCAAUGACAUUCUCCGACCCUAUGGAAAAGAACAGACUUGGGAGAUCAAGGCAAAUCUGAUGGGCAAGCCUGAACGAGAAGCAACGCUCACGUUGCUCUCCUCGAUCUGGCCACCAACAAACCCCGAUGAACCUUAUGGCGCAGACUGUCCCUUUGACAUUGACAACUUUUUAGAAGACCGCAACAAAGUUUUGCUGAAAGCCUUUGAACAAGUCCCCCAGAUGCGAGGCGCAACUCGACUGGUACAGCAUCUUGACAAGCACAACAUUCCCAUCUGUGUUGCCACGGGCAGCAAGCGACGAAACUACGACAUCAAGACUGCUAGCCACCCGGAGCUCUUUGGCCCUUUUGCCGAGCGCGUCAUCUGCGGCGACGAUUCUCGCUUGACACGUGGAAAGCCUCAUCCCGAUAUCUUUCUGCUUGCUGCCAGAGAAGGCCUUCUGUCCAGCCACCCCAGUCAUCAAGCCACCCGCGAGGUGCUAGGAGAGCAAUGGACGCAAAAUCUGCGACAAAUGGGUCAGGAAUUCGACGAGGCACACCACCUGAAAGGUGGAGAAUCGAGUAUUUUGGUGUUCGAAGAUGCCAAACCUGGCGUUCAAGCUGCAAAGGCGGCAGGCAUGCACGUUGUCUGGGUUCCUGAUCCGAAUCUGAGAGCGCUCUUCCCGAAUGAAGAACUGGGCGCUUCACAGACCAUCAAUUCUCUCUUGGACUUUGAUCCUACCGAUUGGGGAUUGCCUGCGUUUGACGACAAGGACAAGUAA